UUUUCCUGAGUAGGGUUUCUAGGCGCGAUCGAUCGAGAGCGUGGAGGGUUUCUAAGCCGCGAUCGAUCAGAGCGUGGAGCGGCCGAUCAAUCGGAGCAGCAGCGAUGAAUAUCUUCCGGCUCUGCGGCGACAUGACCCAUCUCCUCAGCGUCGUGGUGCUGCUGCUCAAGAUCCACACCAUCAAGUCUUGCGCCGGGAUUUCUCUCAAGACGCAGGAGCUCUAUGCCCUCGUCUUUGCGACGCGCUACUUGGAUAUUUUCACGCACCAUGUCUCGCUCUAUAACACGGUUAUGAAAAUAAUUUUUCUCGGAACCUCUUUCACGAUCGUGUGGUACAUGAGGCAUCACAAGGUCGUGCGCCAGACUUACGACAAGGAGCAGGACACUUUCAAGCAUUACAUGCUGAUCAUUCCAUGCUUUGCUCUCGCGCUCCUGAUCAAGACCAAAUUCACUCCACUGGAGGUUUUGUGGACGUUUUCUAUCUACCUGGAGGCUGUGGCGAUCUUUCCUCAGCUGGUGUUGCUACAGCGAACCAAAAACAUCGACAACCUCACCGGGAACUAUGUCUUUUUGCUUGGGGCAUAUCGAGGGCUGUAUCUGUUGAAUUGGAUCGUUCGGUAUUUCACUGAAAAGGGCUACAGGCAAUGGAUAACAUGGAUAUCUGGAAUUGUACAGACCGCACUGUAUGCGGACUUCUUUUACUAUUACAUCAAGUGCUGGAGGAACAACGAGAAGCUUCAUCUUCCUUCUUGAACGUAGAUUCUUGUAUCUAAGCAGAGAGAGGAAGAGCGGCGAAGAACGCUCUCAGGGAUCAUCUACUGGAAUGUGAGUCUUUGCUUGAGCAAAUUUUCUUCUUUAUCUCUUCA